AUGACUGUCGAUGCUAAGCGCUAUGUCUCGCACCAGCCUAAUGUGACAGCCGAGAACCCAUUCGGCCUCGAUGACCCGACCCUCGUCGUGCCGUACGGCAUCGUGGGUGGCAAGCUGGUCGAUUCGUCGGACGGCGGGCGCUUCGACGUCCGCGACCCCGCGACCGGCAACGUGAUCGGCACGAUGCCGGACAUGACUGCGGCCGACGCUGCCGAGGCUGUCCGUGUCGCCGACGAGACCUUCAAGACGUGGCGCAACAGCAACAUUCUCGAGCGCCAGAAGAUCUUGCUCCGCCUCAACGACCUGUUCAUCCAGCACGCCAACGACAUUGCUCGUCUGAUUGUUUGGGAGAACGGCAAGAGCUGGACCGACGCUUACGGCGAGGUUCUGUACUCUGCCUCCUUCUGCGCGUGGUUUGCCGGCGAAUGUGUUCGCCAGCGCGGAGACGUGCUCGCCUCGGCUAUUCCCGGCCAGCGCAACCUGGUCAUCAAGCAGCCUAUUGGUGUGUGCGCCCUCCUCGUGCCGUGGAACUUCCCAGCUGGUAUGAUCACGCGCAAGGCCGCGCCGGUCAUUGCCACGGGAUGCACCGCUGUCGUCAAGGCCGACCCUAACACGCCUUUCACAAACCAGGCGAUCAUGGAGCUCAUGCGCCGUGCCGGCGUCCCCGACGGUGUCAUCAACUCGAUCACGACCGACAAGAACCUCCAGGAGGUGGGCAAGGAGCUUACCACCAACCGCCUCAUCAAGAAGGUUAGCUUUACAGGUUCGACGCGCGUCGGCAAGAUUCUCGCUGCCCAGGCAGCCGGUACGCUCAAGAAGCUCUCUCUGGAGCUUGGCGGAAACGCGCCCCUCAUCGUCUUUGACGACGCCGACAUUCCCACGGCCGUGGCGGGGACUAUUGCAUCCAAGUUCCGCGGAUCAGGCCAGACCUGCGUAUGUGCCAACCGCAUCUACGUCCACGAGGACGUUUACGACGAGUUUGCCAAGCAGCUCGCGGACAAGGUGAACAAUUUCAAGGUCGGGCCGGGGUUCGACGACGGCGUCACCCACGGUCCGCUCAUCAACGCAGCGGCUGCAGACAAGUGGCAGCACCACGUCGAUACGCUUGUCAAGUCUGGCGGUCGGAUUGUUGCCGGCGGAAAGCGAGAGGGUAACGCCGUCCAGCCGACAGUUAUCGUCGACGUGCCGACCGAGUGCAUCCUCGACGAGGAGGAGACGUUCUCUCCCCUGGCAGGCCUGAUCAAGUUCCGGGACGAGGCGCACGUCAUCGAGAUGGCCAACCGUGCCGAUGUCGGUCUGGCUGGCUACUUCUUCUCUCGUGACGCGGACCGUAUUUUCCGCGUCGCAGACGCACUGGAAGUCGGUAUGGUCGGUGCCAACACUGGAGCCAUCUCACAGGCAUUCAUUCCCUUUGGAGGCGUAAAGGAGUCGGGGUACGGCAAAGAGGGAGGGUAUGAGGGCACGGACGAGUUCCUGAACAAGAAGCUCGUGGCGAUCGGCAAGAACAUUGGCUCGCCCGCGACCGUGUGGGGUUAA